AGCCGGGGGAGGGCUCCGGGUGCUGCGGCUGGUGGCGGGGGCCGCUCUCUGUGCGCAGCGCAGCGCAGCGGGGGAGCUGCAAUUUAUUGCUGCGGCUUCUCCUGGGACCCGGGAGCCCACCGGGGGAGCCGGAGACUGCAGUAAUCAAGGCUCCUAGAAGAAGCUGCUGCUACCUCCAUUGUGAUCUGGAGACCUUGACCAAGCAGCUGCUGCUCUGUGUCAGGGAGAGAUCAGAGAAACUGAUGGGGAACUUUCUGCGGUGGCUGGAACCAGCCCCUGGAGCAGCCCCAGGUUCUGCCGACACCAGCUCCUGAGCCGGAGCCUGCAGGGGCCAGUGACCCUCAAGAAGGAGACUCAUCAUGCAGGAGAAUUGUGAGAAUGUGACCUUGCUGGCAGGUGAUGGGAUGGUGAGUGAGAACGAGGAAGAGAUUCCUCAGCAGAAAAGUCUUGAGCAAGUGGAACUACAUGGGAUAUUGCUGGGAAGACCUGAAGAGGAUAUUUUUCAAAGUUCUGAGCCGGGAGAAUCCUGUGAGACUCAGUGCAGGCCAGAGGGGCAGCUGGGAAACCCCCCAGGGGACAGACAGGGAAAAUCCAGUCACCAUGAGGCAGGUUUGGAGGACCUCAAUGGGACCACAAAGCAGCUGAGAAUCAGCACUAAAGAGAAACGGCAUGUAUGUGCCGAGUGCGGGAAAAGCUUCAACCAGAGAUCAAACCUGAUUGUACAUCAGAGAGUUCACACAGGAGAGAGACCUUAUAGUUGCCCUGAUUGCAGGAAAAGCUUCAAGCAGAGUUCAGACCUUCUUCGACAUCAAAGAAUACACACGGGAGAGAGGCCCUACCGAUGUCCCAUCUGUGGGAAAAGCUUCAAUCAGAGCUCAGAACUUAUUAAACAUCAGAGAACCCACACGGGAGAGAAACCCUAUAAGUGCCCUGAGUGCGGGAAAAACUUCAGUCAGAGCUCAGAACUUGUUAAACAUAAGAGAAUUCACACAGGAGAGAGACCCUAUAAGUGCUUGGACUGUGGAGAAACCUUUAGCCAGAGCUCACACCUUAUUGUGCAUCAGAGAAUCCACACGGGAGAAAAACCCUAUAAGUGCCCCAUGUGUGGAGAAAGUUUCAGUGUGAGAUCAGCCCUUACUACACAUCAAAGGAUCCAUACAGGAGAGAAACCCUAUGAUUGUCCCAUCUGUGAAGAAAGUUUCAGUCAGGUCUCAGCCCUUAUUACACAUCAGAGAAUCCACUCUGGAGAGAGACCCUAUAAAUGCCCCAAUUGCGGGAAAAGUUUCACGCAGAGCUCAGCCCUAAUUAGACAUCAGAGAACCCACAUGGGAGAGACACCCUAUAAAUGCCUAGACUGUGGGAAAAGCUUCAAGGCAAAGGUCUCUCUAAUGUCCCACCAGAAACUGCACACAGGAUAGAAGGUGUCAGGAGCUUUCCCUGUGGGGCAAUGGGUUUGUGCCCUCCUGAACCAAACUGUAAAUGUGCUUCCUUUGAGGAUGAUCUGGGUAGGGACAGCAGGCUGGUGGAUGGUUUGGGUUUCUAUGGGGGGUGGUUGGUGGAGCCCGGAGGAGAAGGAAAUGCUGGGCACUGGGGAGGUGAGUCAUUUCAGGGUCCGAGGGGAGUAAGUGGUGGGAUCAGUGGGGAGAUGUUUCUGUGGGUUCCACACAUACUUUCCAGUGUAGGGAAGAAGUAAAAGUGCCCCAUUGUCAUUUGUGUCUGAAUCGUCUCUGCGGCUCCUAGGGCACCUUGAGGUAGGGACAGGAGAAUGAUAUUCAGGGAAGCAGCAAGGGGCCCUGCAUGGCUGUAGUUAUAUAGCAGGAAGAGCUGCCGAUCUGAAGUGACAGGAUGUCAGAGCGAUGCUCACUGUGUUGGCCAGCUCUGCAGAUGCAGGGAACUGGCUGGGAACUGGGGAAUUUGUGGUGGAGAUUCCCCAGAGAGGUGGGAUCCUUGGGGAAUUGCACUGUUCUUGUGAGGGCAAUGUGGUGUAAUAGCAAGAGCAGUGGGAAUUGGGAUGCAGGAAUCCUGGAGAGGGUGCUGAUGUCUAGAGGUUAGACUGGGGUGAAGGUGGCAGUCAGGUCUCCAGGGUUGGGUAACCAACUCUGCUAAUGUCUCCUGUGCAGUCACUUCCCACCCCUUCCUCCCGUCUCUACAGUGGAGAUAAUAACAAUUGCCCACCUUCCUCAGAAGUGGAAUUACUGUGUAUUCAGGGGCUCAAGAGGACAGAAGCACUAGGGGAGGGAAAGUU